GUGUACCGCCAUCAUCUGCACAGUGGUUUUUCAGGAUACAAAAUUCAAUAACCACAAAAGAGACGGAAUUGAUAAAAUAGAGUCUAUGGGGCUGCUGAUCACAAUGUUGUUUUAAGGAAAUAGUGAAGUCCUGACAGUGGAGAGGACAGCUGCAGUACAUCUGAUAGAAGACUCAACUUCCAGCACACAUGAAGAACUGAUAGCCAACAUAAGCAAGCGGAAGACUUGAAGAGAUACUUCAAGGAUAUAUGAACGGCUAACAUGCAUUUGAAAAGGAUGUCCCUUGGUGCCUAUUGUGUCAUCUGUUGCAGAAGAAUAGGAACCUCUGCUCCCCGUUUAAGAAGUCACACACCCUGGAGAAAUAUCCGGAAUAUAAUAAGACUUACUGGAUCCCUCAUUUUAGGGGGUUCUUUAUUUUUUACAUACGAAGUUCUGGCCCUGAAGAAAUCUGUAACAUUAGACACUCAGGUGGUAGAAAGAGAGAAAAUGAAGUCUUAUAUCUAUGUGCACACAGUCUCUGCAGACAAGGUAGAAAGUCAUGGGCUUGUUUGGCAGGCAAGAAAAGAACUUCACAAAGCAGUAAGGAAAGUGUUGGCAGCAUCAGCCAGGGUACUGCGGAGCCCAUUUGCUGGUACGUGUAGACACUUGAGUCCUCGUCACUGGUCUGACACUUUCAGCACAGUUGACAUAGAAGAUCAUGACUGUGCAGUGUGGCUGCUCUUAAGGAAGAGCCGGGAGGAUAGUAAAGCUGCAAGACUGGAGGCUGUGCGGGAACUGUCAGAGGCCCACCACUGGCAUGACUACCAGUACAGGAUAAUUGCGCAAGCCUGUGAUCCAAGGACCCUUAUUGGUUUGGCACGAAGCAAAGAAAGUGACCGUCGCUUUUUUCUCCCACCCCCUCCUUUGCCAUCUUUAAAAGAAGAUUCCUCCACUGAAGAGGAACUCAGGCAUUUGCUGGCUUCUCUACCUCAAACUGAGAUUGAUGAGUGUCUCCAGUAUUUUACAUCUUUGGCUCUUAGUGAGAGUAGCCAGAGCCUGGCUGCGCAGAAGGGAGGACUGUGGUGCUUUGGAGGAAAUGGACUUCCGUAUGCGGAAAGCUUUGGCGAGGUUCCCUCUGCCACGGUGGAAAUGUUCUGCCUAGAAGCUGUAGUAAAGCAUUCAGAGAUCCCUUCACACUGUGACCACAUUGAAGCAGGCGGAGGCUUGCAGCUACUGCAGAGGCUCUACCAGCUUUACAAGGACUGCCCCAAAGUACAGAGAAACAUCAUGAGGAUCAUUGGAAACAUGGCCUUGAACGAGCAUCUUCACCCUGCUAUAGUCCGCUCAGGCUGGGUUUCUAUAAUGGCAGAGGCUUUGAAAUCCUACCACAUUAUGGAGGCUUCCCAUGCUGCCAGAACCCUGGCGAAUCUAGACCGAGAAACUGUGUGUGAGAAAUACCAAGAUGGGGUGUAUGUACUCCAUCCCCAGUGUCGGACAAGUCAGCCCAUUAAAGCCGAUGUCCUUUUUAUCCAUGGCCUUAUGGGGGCAGCGUUUAAAACCUGGCGCCAGCACGACAGUAAGCGGGCUCUGACGGAAAAUGUCGUGGUGGAUGAGAACAGGUACACUACGUGCUGGCCCAAGACAUGGCUAGCAAAAGACUGUCCUGCGCUUCGCAUCAUAUCUGUGGAGUAUGACACCAGCCUCAGUGACUGGCGAGCAAGGUGCCCCAUGGAAAGAAAGUCCAUUGCAUUCAGAAGCAACGAACUUCUUAGCAAGCUCAGAGCUGCUGGUGUUGGGGAUAGGCCAGUGAUUUGGAUAUCACAUAGCAUGGGAGGUCUUCUUGUCAAAAAGAUGCUGUUGGAAGCCUCUAGGAAACCAGAACUGAGCGCUCUUAUAAACAACACCAGAGGAAUGAUUUUUUAUAGUGUCCCGCACCAUGGAUCACGCUUGGCUGAAUACUCAGUUAACAUUCGCUAUCUUCUCUUUCCUUCGUUGGAAGUCAAAGAACUCAGCAAGGAUUCUCCUGCACUCAAGAAGCUACAGGAUGACUUUGUGGAGUUUGCGAAAGACAAGAACUUCCAGGUGCUGAACUUUGUAGAAACACAACCAACAUUUAUCGGCAGGAUGAUCAAGCUACACAUAGUGCCCGUGGAGUCGGCAGAUUUAGGCAUUGGGGAUCUAAUUCCUGUAGAUGUCAACCAUCUGGACAUUUGCAAGCCGAAGACAAAGGAUGCUUUUUUGUAUCAACGUACUCUACAGUUCAUCUGUGAGACUUUAGCCAGAGACCUUAAAAACUGAGUGUGAAUGCAGUGCAAGAAACGUGCAUGGCAUUUCUCCUCUUGUUAAGCUAUAUGCAGUUCUGUGCCAUCAUGGUGGCAGCCUGGUCUGCAAGUGUGGUGCAGAUAGCAGACCACAGCUCUUCAUGCAACACUGGGAAGUGCCCUCAUAGACUGGAGGUCACAGAGGAAGCUUUAAAUUGAGUUUCUCUGGUUCAAAAGAAACUCUGUUGCUGGGCUUAGGACUGAGGGACAGAGUUGGGCUGGCCAGAAUGCCUGUCCACAUGAGUGAGACUGUCCCAGGCUCAUCUAAGAGACCAUGAAAAAUGCCAUUUGGAGAGAACAAACUGGAACUUACAGAGGCUGUGUUUGUCAUGGGUGCCAUGUGCUGUAAUGUUCUAGUGCCAGUUUUUAACUGUUAAUAUGCCCGUUACAUAUUUUCUCACUGGUUCGCACAUGCCGGGUUGUAUGCAUGGGUAGGUCUUGUGUACUUCUGUUUUUUCCUAUUGCUGAGAAGUUUUUUUCCAAAUAUGCUUUCUAGGAUAUUUUCACUAGUUCCGCAGUAAUGUGCUCUGGGUAUGGAUAAAGUAAGGAUCAGCAUAUGAAAAAACUAUGUGGAGCUGUCAGAUACACUAACCAUGUGGUAGCAGGGCUCUCUGAUUCUCUGGCUGAAUAAUGCACAACUUUCCUGUGUUCGUUUAGAGGCACAUCCAGCAUGGGGAGUAGGAAGUUGUGCUGAUGGACUUCUGUGUUUGAGUAACAGCAUUAUUAACAUGAAAUUCUUUUUCUAUUCUUUUGUGGUACUAAGGGAUCAAACCCGGACUUUGUGCAUGCUAGCCAAGUACUCUACCAUUAAGCUACAUCCCUGCCCCCAAUUUUUACCUUAAAGUAUACAUCUUACUGGUUUUUAGUGUAUUCAGAGUUACCAGCUAUCACCAUGGUCCGUUUUAGACUAUUUUAUCGUCCUCAAAGCUCUCUGAGCAGCAGUUGGUUUCCCUCUCCUCUGUCCCACUCCCCUGGAUGAACACUAAUGCAUUUAUCAUCUUUGUGGCUUUACCUGAUGGUCAUUCAUAAAGUUGGUGGCUCAACCUUGUUGCUCUUAGCAUAAUGGUUCCAUCCCCCACCGGUCCUUUCCUGUCUCUGCUUCCUCCCUGCCACGAGGUAAGCAGUUUUGCUGGUCCUACCAUUCUGCCAUGAUGCCCCAUCUCAGUCAGUGGGACCAGUGACCAUUGACUGAAACCAUGAGCCAAAGCAACUCUUUCCUCCUUGAACUCUGCUGCCCAGGUAUCUGUUGUAGAAGUGAAGGUGAAUACAGUUCUGCUUUAAAUCUGAA